GAGGGCAUGGGGAGGUCGCUGGGGAAGCUGGGACUGUGGCGGAGCGCAUUAAUGUCCGCCUGCUCGGAGGGAAGGUGCGUGUCCGCUGUGUCCGCUCGGGCUGCCCCUUCAGGAAUGCGCCGCAUGGCUCAGGCGCCUGUGUUUGUGGAGAGAAAGACGCGCUAGAGACGGAGCCGCGUCUUCGUCGUGUGUUGGUUCGCUGUCGUAGCCGUCCGCGCGCGCUCGCAUCGUAUUAUUAUCAUCAUCAUCAUCAUCAUCAUCAUCGAUGCAUUGAAUAGUCAGCCUAGCCAGCUAGCCAGCUCGGAGUCUCCGCUGUAGCCAUUUAGCGCGCUAGCUUAGCGAUCAUAAGCAGCCGGAGAAGCAGUUAAAGUGGCCGUGCUAGGGAGCCGGCUGCGACUGUAGUGACGGUUACAUCGGUUGGUCUUGUUCCUUAGCUAGCUGGUGGUUGUGAAAUAAAGAAGAGGGGGUGGGUGACACACGUGGGGGCCCGGCCGGGGAGAGAAAGACGGAGGCGACGCAGCGGUGAGAGCCAGGGAGCGGCCGAUGAGUUCAGAGCAGGGCGGAGAGCCGCUGCAGGAGGAGGCUGAGCAGCCGGGACCGAAAACCCGCGGGGAGGACGGGACCGGAACCGGGACUGGGACUAGAACUGGAACCGAGACCGCACCCGGGACCGGCGGAGGAGAUUCGGGCAACAUGGUGACCUCGAAAGGAGCCGGUCUGAACCCUAAUGCCAAAGUGUGGCAGGAGAUUCCAGCUGCAUCCAGCGAGGCUCUUGUGGAUGGCACUGAGGCCUCUCCCUGGUCCCAGCAUAACGUGACUGAGGAGCCCAAUGGAUGUAAACCGUACACGCCUGGGUUCUCUGUGCUUGCGGGCAACAGUAGCUCGGCCACUGCGGAGGGUGUGGUAAACGGCAUGGAUCCCCCUGAUCCAAACUUCACUGUUUGUGAGCCCACCAGUGGAACUAAUGUGGAGUCCAAACUGUCUGAGGAGCAGCCUCUCUCUGCAGAAAGUCUGCGUGAGUCUCUCAAGAAAGAGCUGGAAUUCUGCUUCUCCAGGGAAAACUUAUCAAAGGAUCUUUACCUGAUUUCUCAAAUGGACAGUGACCAGUUUGUCCCGAUUUGGACUAUUGCCAGCAUGGAAGGAAUCAAGGUCCUUACUACUGACAUGGACCUUAUCUUGGAUGUGUUGAGAUCAUCUCCUAUGGUGCAAGUGGAUGAGAAAGGGGAGAAAGUGCGACCGAAUCAUAAACGCUGCAUCAUCAUUCUGCGAGAGGUUCCUGAAACAACCCCUGUGGAGGAAGUGGAAGCUUUGUUCAAGAAUGACAACUGUCCUAAGGUCAUUAGUGUGGAGUUUGCACACAACAAUAACUGGUACAUUACAUUCCAAUCAGAUACGGACGCGCAACAGGCAUACAAAUAUUUAAGGGAAGAAGUGAAAACAUUUCAGGGAAAACCAAUCAUGGCUAGAAUAAAAGCCAUCAACACCUUCUUUGCAAAGAACGGCUACCGCAGCCUGGACUGCAACGUGUACCAACAGCAGUCUCACACGCAGUCUCAGUACAGCUCACCACUCUUUAUGCAGCCUGUCUACAGCCCUCAGCAACAGUAUCCACUCUAUGGCAUUGUACCUCCCACCUGGACUCCAUCUCCAACUCCAUACUUUGAGACUCCCCUGGCACCUUUUCCCAACAGUGGUUUUGUCAAUGGAUUUAGCUCAGCCGGACACUACAAAACUGGUUCAAGUUCUCUCAACAUUGGACGACCCUUCAGCAGAAACCGUGUUCCACUCUAUUCAAGAAAGAAUGUAAUAAAUGCCUUCAGGAACCACGUGAAACCUCAGGCACGGGCUAACGAUGGGCUGACCUCUACUGUCCCCCCUGUGUCUCUGGUGGAUGGACUCCGCAGUCCACAGCCCCCUUCUAGCAGUGGCCCAGCACUGGGGUCUUCCGAGCUCAGUUCUUCUUUCCCUCACCUGGCCUCCACCGACGUGACCGAAGACAGCACUGGGGCUGGACGUGGAAGGAGGACUACAUACAGAGGGGGUCGCAGGAGGAGAGAGGAUGAACGCACAACAAGGCCAGUUCCACUUGCUGAAGUGAAGGUUCCACAACCUAAAUUCGACCUGGCUGCCUCCAAUUUUCCUCCUCUACCUGGCUGCUCUGUCAGCCCACAGGGGGAGCCCAUGCUGGAGAACCGCAUGUCUGACGUGGUACGGGGUCUGAACAGAGACAAGCAGUCGGACGCAAACAAAGAGUCUGCUGUGAGUCCUGCUGGUCCAGCCUCGGAGGAGACCGUUCCCAGGCCUACUCAACCUGCGAGCAAACCGACUAUUCACUCUGAGGAUCCUGCUACUCACAGCACAAACCCUCAGGAGAAGAAACUGGAGAAAACUGAGCCCUUGGUCCAUAAAGAGAUGCCUGUGAACCCAACCCACACUGCAGCCAUUCCGCCAACCCCCACGCAGCCUGCACCUGCCCCCAAGACUCAGCCGAAUCCAGCCAGCCCUGCAGCCUCACAGGCCAACCCUGCUCACUCCAGCACCACCACACCGGAGCCUCGCAAGCUCAGCUACGCCGAAGUGUGUCAGCGACCACCUAAGGAUCCCCCUCCUCCGCCUCCUCCUCCUGCGGCCACCUCUGCCCCUGCCAGUGCAGCCUCCCAGCCACUGAGAGAGCUGCGGGUCAACAAGGUGGAGGAGCAGUCCACAAGGCCUGCUGAACGACAAGAGCGGCCUCAGGAGCGAGGAGGAGACUGUAAGGCCAGGGAGGGCCGGCUGGCCCGUGACUCCCAGGGCUUCUAUCGCAGCAACGGCCCCCCAAGAGCCAAUACGGGAGGAUUUAAGCUCCGCGAGCAGCAGAGACGCCCCCCUUUUAACCGCCGCACUUCUCCCCAAGGAGGAUCCAGACACACUGGCAAAGAGCAGAACAUCCCCCCUAUAUCGCCAAAGUAAAGACUAAAAAAAAUCCUUUAUGUGUGAUAUAUAUAUAUAUAUAUAUAUAUAUAUAUAUAUAUAUAACAAGCACACAUACAUAUAUAAAUAUAUAUAUUAAAAAGAUGAAAUAUAAAAGUUUAAAAUCUAAUGGUAGCCACCCCUCCUGCCUGGAGCACAUCCAGAGGAAAAAUCUUAUAAAAUGACAUUGCACAGACUGGGACGUCCAGGCAUAUGGGCAUGAAAAAUCAGAAGCUACUAUAAGCUUUUUGAAGGAGGUCCUCAAAUAGGAAAAAAAUGUAUGCUUCUCACUUGACAAUGUCCCCUCAGAAUGUAUCAAUGCGAUUAUUUUAUAUUUUUUUCCCUUUUUUGUUUUCUUAAAUUUUUUUUUCUUUCUUUGAGAAGAGGGCCUUUUACCCAGUUAGGGAGAGGUGGGACCCAGUGCUCUGUGCUGUAGAACUGAAACAAUAAUAGUGGUCUGCAAAGAACAUAUGCACUAAGAAGAAAAAGGAACAUGCAUACUGUACAUGUCAUGUACCUAUACAAAUAUCACUUUUGACAUGCAAUGAUCAUCUGAUUCUUUCUUUUUUGCUUUGUUUGCAUUUGCAGGGCACUAGGAAAGCAAAAGAGUGUGGAAUGAGUUGGAGAGGGGGGGAGAUGUACAUGAACCUUGAUCUUUGAGUGGAAGGAUGUGUUUUGCAGUAGUGUUGAUUUAAUCCGUUUUGGGAUUUAGAUCCCAUAUAGAACAUGCAAAGUGUGCUUGAGUGGAUUGGCAGAUUAGCUAGGAGCAACAGUGCGGUUUGCUGUUGAUCUGGAAUUUUGCAUUAAUAUGCGUGACAUAGUUGUUGAUUACAUUGCGCUCUCGGAAUCAAGUCUGUAUUUAGACAUUGUGUAAUGCGCAGUAAGAUCUGAAGGAUUGUUGAGCCUUGGUAAUGAUUCGUAUACAUCACUUUAUAUGGUCAAAGCCUGCCAAUAAUCAUGCUGUGAUGUUGGAUCACUGGUUUGCUGAAGGGUGUUUUUGUUUUUUUUUGUUUUUUUUUCCUUUUGAUUACAGUUGUUUUUAGCUCGCUUGAGUAACCAAGAGCCUGUGAAAGAUCAUGAUAUCACAGUUUGGUACAUAGACACUCAAGUUCUUUGUAUCAUCUCAUACAUGUUCUGUUUUUGUUUUUUUUUUGUUUUGUUUUUUUUGUGCAUUAUCCUCCCAAAAUGGCUUCUGAGCAAGCUCGCAUUUCCUGAUAAUCAGGCAGGCACAUGGCUGUGUUUACAACAUUUGUGUUGGUUUGGGCUAAUGAUAGACAGGCUAAGCCAAUGGCUGCUUUUUGGUUUCAUUUUGGGGUGACAUUUUUUUGUUAUUCUUAACAAGAUCAGGACAUUCAAUAUUAAUAACGAAUGGCAAGUUACUAUAUUGUGCUUAGAUUUGUCAUAGUGAUAUAGGUCAGGAAAGCCUGAAGCCUAUUUUAUUGACGAGUGAUGUCAAUAUCCUUUAUUGUCGCAGUUGUAACUACAAUCUAACAGCAGACAUUGGUUGAGGAUCCACUGUGAAGUUCUGGUCAGUUAAAUUUUUGUACAUCCAGAAACGAGAAACAACCCUGUAUUCAGUUAACGUUUCAUUUCAUUCCUUCUGACCUCCAGAGAUGGUGCAAAGAACAACGGCUACAGGACAGGAACGUGAACUUAUGACAAAUCUCUGGGGCUGCCCUAGAGUUGUGUCCAGUGUGUGCACCAGAUUGUGGUGGUCAUUCAAAAUUCAGAGCCUCAUUGACAGAUUUGUCUGGCAUUGCUGGAUCUAAAUGUCUCUGUGGGCAGUGCAGAGGUCAGAUUAUGCAUGAAACUGCUUCUUCCCCUGCUGAGAAGUCUUCUAUAGGUUGUUUGAGAGAAGAAAUGUUAACUGAAGGCCGUUGGAAAGUUAUACUGGAUUUCCUUGCUAAAAGAAUGAGCAUUGGAAUGCAUUUAUCCUCUCGCACCACUUUGUUUUUUCCAUGCCCGAAGGAUUGUCAGUUACAUCAGACUGUCACACAUGUGGUCUUCUUCAUUUUGUAGUACACUAGUCAUUUCAUGUAACAAAACAGGGAGAAAUCGGUCUACAUGCUUAAUAUUCACUUAUUGUGUCCUCCUUGAUUAUAAAAACAAAUGUGAGCAAUGUUUCUUUCUGAAGCACCAAAAUAUGAAACCGAUAUCUACCGCUUGCUUGACUGUUCAGAUAGCUAUAGCAAUAUCUGAAAUUCCUUCACAGAAGCUUCAGUGCAAGAUUCUUGAUGGCGCCAGCAUACAUGAGAGAGCGUGGGGAAGAAUGGAAGCUGCUC